GGCGGCAGGAGGAGGAGGAGGAGGGCGGCGCAGAGCGCAGACAUGGCGGCCAACAUGUACCGAGUGGGAGAUUAUGUUUAUUUUGAAAAUUCUUCCAGCAAUCCAUAUCUCAUUAGGAGAAUUGAAGAACUUAACAAGACUGCCAAUGGGAACGUGGAAGCGAAAGUGGUGUGUUUUUACAGGCGAAGAGAUAUUUCUAACAGCCUUAUAAUGCUUGCAGAUAAGCAUGCUAAAGAAGUUGAAGAAGAGUCUGAAACUACAAUUGAGGUUGAUUUGACUGAUAAACAGAAACAUCAGUUGAAGCACAGAGAGCUUUUCCUUUCUCGCCAGUAUGAGUCCCUACCAGCAACGCAUAUCAGGGGAAAAUGCAGCGUUGCACUUCUGAAUGAGACAGAAUCUGUGCUGUCAUACCUGGAGAAAGAGGAUACUUUUUUUUAUUCAUUGGUGUAUGAUCCAUCAUUGAAAACACUUUUAGCAGACAAGGGAGAAAUCAGAGUGGGGCCUAGAUAUCAAGCAGAUGUGCCAGACAUGCUUGUGGAAGGAGAAUUAGAUGACAGAGAACAGGCAAAGCUGGAAGUAAAAGUAUGGGAUCCAGAUAGCCCCCUUACUGACCGUCAGAUUGACCAGUUUUUAGUUGUAGCACGUGCGGUUGGCACGUUUGCCCGAGCUUUGGAUUGCAGUAGUUCUGUCAGGCAACCCAGUUUACACAUGAGUGCAGCUGCUGCUUCCCGAGACAUCACACUGUUUCACGCAAUGGACACACUGCAUAAACACAACUAUGAUCUGAGCAGUGCCAUCGGGGUUCUGGUGCCACUGGGAGGGCCUGUCUUGUGUAGAGAUGAAAUGGAGGAGUGGUCAGCAUCAGAAGCUAGUUUAUUUGAAGAGGCUUUGGAGAAGUAUGGCAAGGACUUCAAUGACAUUCGACAAGACUUUCUCCCUUGGAAGUCGCUGACUAGCAUCAUUGAGUAUUACUACAUGUGGAAAACCACUGACAGAUAUGUGCAGCAGAAACGUCUGAAAGCAGCUGAAGCAGAAAGUAAAUUGAAACAAGUAUACAUCCCCACCUACAAUAAACCAAAUCCCAAUCAAAUAUCCAGCAACAAUGGGAAACCUGCUGCAGUCAACGGAGCAAUGGGAGCCUCUUACCAGGCACAAGCCACAGUAAUAGGUCGGGCUUGUGAAAGCUGCUAUACUCCGCAGUCUCACCAAUGGUAUUCUUGGGGCCCUCCUAAUAUGCAAUGUAGGUUGUGUGCAUCUUGCUGGAUUUAUUGGAAGAAAUAUGGUGGCCUGAAAAUGCCCACACAGACAGAUGAAGAUAAGCUGUCUUCCAGCCAACCUACAGAGGAGUCGCAUGUCCGAACUCACCUGUCCCGGCAGGCCACGCAGGGCACCCCGGUCCGUAACACGGGCAGUCCCAAGUCAGCGGUGAAAACACGGCAGGCUUUCUUUCUGCACACCACCUGUUGGACAAAACUGGCCCGUCAGGUCUGCAAAAAUACCCUCCGGCUGCGGCAGGCAGCACGACGUCCCUUUGUCCCUAUUAACUGUGCUGCCAUUAAGGCAGAAUAUGCAGAUCGACAUUGUGAACUUGCUGGGAAUCCUCUGAAGAUAAAAAGCACCAGAAAACCACUGUCAUGUAUCAUUGGGUAUUUAGAGAUACAUCCUGCUGUGAAACCCAGUGUAAUCAGGUCAACACCAAGCCUUCAAAGUCCAAGUGCAAAACGACUGCUUGCACCCUCCAACCACUCUUCAUUAAGUAUUUUGGGGAAAAGAAACUACAGCCAUCAUAACGGGCUUGAUGAAUCACCCAGCCAUACAACAAGAACAAUCAUGCAUGCUGCUCCCCACAUCCAUAUGACUAAUGGUAAGGCCUUGCAGGCCAGUGCAAGUGCCAUUAAGACAAGCACCAUUCCAGUGAUCAAGAGACAGAGGCAAAAUUGGCUUGAUGCUUCAGAUGAUGGUUUCUUUAUAGCUACAGAAGAGACCAGUGCUGAAGCAGUUAGAAACCUUCUCACGAAAAAUCCGUAAGAAGUUCACCAGGUCACAGCUGAAAAGAGCUUCCAGAACACCUUGUUCUCCGAUCAUUGCAAAGACAAAGUCUCUCAUGAACAAUAGGCAGGCCCGAACAGAGCCAGGAUCCAUCAUACACUGAAGAUAUAACAGCAUCAGCAGCAUAAUA